CUGGUUCUUAAGCAGGGCAUGUGAUCCUGUUGUUGGUCUCUGUUGCUUCACCGCAGAAGCGAAAUAGAAUGCGAGAGGCACACUGGAUGUUUGUAAAACUGCCGUUUUAUUUUCUGACCAAAGAAAUCAAUAUGAGGCUUAAAAAAAGAUCUGUUAGUAAAUGGAAAUAAAGUGGUAUGAGAGAGGAGCAGAUGACUGUCCUUUAAAAAACGUGCCCUGUUUGUGAGUGAGAGGUAUAACUUGUCUGCCUUCGUACAUUUGCUUCUUUAUAUUUGCUUUUGGGAUUUUAGCUAUAAGAUAUAGUACAUAAUAAAAAUGGAACUGGGCACUUUCCGAGUGAUUCUAAAGAAGCCAACGAUAAAUCUGAAUGUCGAAGUAAAGGGAAUGUCGUGUGACCCCCCCCCCCCCUCUGCAGCAGGGGACAAAGUCUCCAGAGCAGAGGGCACGGUGGGAGCUGGAGAGGGUGGUCACACGCCUGGGAAGCACCCCCAAGGCCGCGAUAAGGCAGGAAUGCGGGGAGGCUCACACUUCUGUCCCCUACGCCUCCUUGACCCCACGACUCUUGAGUUUGUCUUUUCAGUGAAAAGGUCGCUGUGAGGCUUCAUGUGUGGGAAGUGAGAUUAUACAAAAUAUUUACUUAACGGAUGUUCUAAUUGGAGUGUGUAGUAAUUCUGAAAAAAAAAUGUGCAGUGAUGCCUCUAGCAUUUGUUGAAUUUUUGCAAAACUGUCAUAUCAAAUUUUAAUUUCUCAAGCAGUGGGUUUAUUGGUGGGCAUUAUCUGUUUGUAUAUCUGCACACAUUCAGUGGUUGUGACAAAACACACUUGAAGACAACUGUAAUUUGCCUUGAGGAUUGAGCUCUGCCGUUUAAUUGUUGCUAGUCCGUUAUCUCGACCACUGCGCCACCUGCAGGCCUUCAAAUAGGUUGCAGAUGAAGACUUUCGCACCUGUACCAGACGUCCGGAUGCAUCUCCCACCAGCACCACUACUCUGUCUCGGUUGCCAUGGUAAACUGGAUUACAGAAAAGGUGGAGGGGGGGCAGGCCGAGUCGGGGGCACUGUCACGCAGUCUGGGCUGCGGAUUGUUGGAGGUGCCGUACCCUGUGUAUUCUGGGCGGUAUCGUAGGUUGCUGCUGGUCGUGUCGGUGUGACUGGAGGCUGUGGCCGACGUGAGCCGGGCAUGCUUAUCUCCCAUACCACGGGGGCUGGUACUAACGCACCCAUUCCGCCUUAUCUGCGCGGAGGCCGCUUUCCCGUAAAACCUCAUGCAUUUUGAUUUGAUUUAGAAGAAAUUGUUGCUGCCGAGAUGCAAAAGUGCGCUCAAAAGGGAGGGAAAAUCCCACCUCCCUCUAUAAACUAGGUGAUGCAUUCUCGGGGUUGUUUUAGGAUUGGAUUAAAAAUUAGCAAGAGACUAAUUUUAUAGCGUUUGACUGAGUUUCAACACUGCUGUUCCAUUUAUAGAGCGCUGUUGCUAUCGGAGACUGGAGGCUGCCGACUGCACGGCGCUGCUUCCAUGAUGAGGAGCAUGGCAGCCGCGGCCAUGUGUGUCUCACCGAGAGCCGCACUAACCGCAGAAACCUUACUAGGAACCGCUUUAUGAAUUAGUGACAGGCUCUCAGGAAACUACACGCAUAUUUCGACAUUAUGUAUUAAUACUUCCCCUUGAUCGCACUAUGUACAGUCUGAAAUUGUGUAUUUGCCAAGAUUUUUUACGAGGUUACUGGUAAACGUGUUUACAGGAUUGCCUUCUGUUGCACUGAAAUUCAGUAACUGCGCAAUAAGUAGUUGCGCCGUUAAGCCGUGUUUUUAGCGUCGGAAAUAGGUUGGAUGUCCCCGUCCUUUGGUCGUCAAUCGUUCAGAUUUCACCGAGCUGCGUGGUGUCCGAAUGAAAUCCCCUGCAGUUGUUCGGGUUCUUGUAGAGAAAAGGGAACCGAUAAGCGUGGGCCACUAAUAAAUGCAGGAAGCGGCGGGCUGGACUAACAGAAAGGGCUGUUGGUGCAAAUCGGCGGCACAUUGGGCGCCCCGUGAGCACCGGAGGCCGAGAGCGGGAGGCGGGGGUACAGGCGGCGUGUGGCUCUGGCCGGGCUCCUCCUCGCUGUACCUCCUGCACCCCCCCCCCCCCCCCCCCCCCCCCCACUCCCACUAAAACCAGCUCGGCUUACAAGGAAGCGUCAGCUGUCAGGGGUGGACUAGCGGGAUGGACAAGGCACGCAGCUGCCGCGUCCGAUCUCUUUAAUUCGCGUAGUCUAUGUCUCUAAAACGUGCGAACUGUGAGAGGUAGUUGUCUGUAUGACAGUAAAGUACAGUGAGUCUCUGUCAGUGUAAAACCAUGCGAUGCAACUUUACGGUGAGGAGACCGAAGGAAGUGGCCACAUCAUAUGCUGAAGGUACAUGUUGGGUCGCGGAGUGAAGCGCAAGUUGAGCGAUUGUGAGAUGGUUGGGGGGGCGGGGCCUGGAGUGGAGCUCCCGUACCCACAGCAGCGGCAGCUGGUGCUGGACCUCUGCCUGGACAAGCUGCAGAGGUGCCGAGCGCGGGUGGAGCCCAGCCUGCACCGCUCUGUGCUGCUGGCCAACACACUGCGCCAGAUCCAGGAAGAGAUGCGACGGGAGGGCGGGGACCCACCCACUGGCCCCGCCCCGAUUCCUGCACACACGGCCACGCCCCUGCACACACCCGACCUGCCUCCCAUCCCCAAGGACUAUGCCCUGCCACCGAGAGAGCUGGGGGUCGCUGGGGACUGUUCCACAGGUGAGCCCCUGGCAUGUCCUGGGUGUGAAGGACAGAGUGUCUCCUUCCCUUCCUCUGAGGAAGGCUGCACCGAGGACUUGACGAUGGGUGCCAGGUCUGCAGACUCUCUCUUCGGCUCCUUUGAAAUCACAAACUCCACCAGCUAUCUGACGGACCUGGCCUUCGACGACAUCUUUGAGGACAUCGACACCUCCAUGUAUGACUCGUCCGACUUCUCCGUCCUGGCCUUGAGCCCGGCGCGCAGCAGUGGCACCACCUCUGGCGUGGAGGACAGCCUGAAGCCAUUCCCCAGCUGCACCACGGCCAGUGCACUGCAGCUGUGUCUCACAGACCUUAACGACCUGGACCACAUCAUGGAGAUCCUGGUGGGCUCAUAACUGGCCUUCCCAUCCUCUGUUCUUAUUCCCCCACCCCCACCCCCCCAGUUUUUUUUUUUUGGAUGGGAAUGACAAAAUACUUGUAUAGAAUGGUAUAUUUAUAUUUUUAUACAGAAUACUCUAAAUCUAUUUAUAUAAAAUGCCACAGACAUGCCUGACGUACACCUACUGUAGAUGAAAUGUAUGUUGUGUUGGGAGAACCUGUUCUGAUAUGUGUACAGAAUGAGCUUGAACAUGCGAGGAUCACACUGAGCGGAAAUGCACAGAAUUACUGCUGAAGGCAGUUGGACUGAACUCUGAAGAUAUCCACAGUAUAAUAGCCACAGAUGCAAGAGUUCCCAAAUAAACAAUUAUGUAACAAUUAUAAUUAUGUAAUAAGGCGAGAUCUUUAGCCUUUUUUGAACUAAAGUAUCUAUUUUUGUUAAAAAAAAAAAAUACAAUUUUGAUAUGCGUUUCUACAGCGUUUAAAAUGUAUUUUCAUGGGUUUGAGCCGAACAUGAUAGACACACUCAUCAGAUGAGUCUCUACCUCUUCCGUAUCUGGGUCCAGGCACCCAGGAACCUGCUCUCUGCACCUCUGAGUUCCAGUGCAUUCAGCACUGUUUAUUUGUUAGUGUUUUGUGGGUGUGUGUGUCUCAGGCAGAAUGUGCGCGCAGCUAGUACACACGCAGUGGUCAGCAUGGCCUCUCCGCCGGGUAAGCUGUGGCCCCACACUAAGACAACUACUCCGUUUCUAUAGCAACCCUCUUCUCCCAUGAAACAACAAGAAACUGCCUUUAUGCAGGAUAGAAGACUGGUUUCAGAGAUUACCCUGAGGGGUCACACGCGGUCCGACUGGCACAGAGAGAUCAAUCAUUUUGGCUGUUACUCUUUGUCAUUUUUGUUGUCACCCCCUCACGUCUCUCCCCCCCUUCUACAGUGUCGCUGUUUUUAAGACAUUUUUUCCUACGGCGCCCCCUCCUGCUCCUGGAAGGAUACUGGAAGUCUGCUUCCAUGUCGUGGAAAAAUUUUAGCCUUAGUCUGACGGGAGGAGCAGAGCUCAGCAGCUUUCCGCUUCUGUCACAAGCUUCCAGGCUGCGUAUGUUUAGCUCUGGGUUCCGUCGGAAUGUAUAAACCGCCCAUAAUGUGCGCGUUUGCCUGCAAAGUGUUUUUUUUCCCUCUCCUCCUUUUCUCAUAGUUGCCAGCCCGCUCAUAGAUCUCCCAUGGCGUUCAGCGGUAACGGACCCCUAUAACAAUUCCCUCCGGCUGCCAGCAUGUGAGUGCGAGGGAGGGGGGAGGGAGGGAAGGGGAGCAGAACUGUGGCCCCCGUCACGUGGAACCGCUUGCUUUGGGGAGGGCCCUAGCGGACCCCUCCCACCCUACCGAGGGCCUGUUAGAACCGUUCUGACUCUUCCACCAGCCAGUCAGGUGAGGGGAGGGAGGCUUUGAGGCCCAGAUAACCCCCCCCCUCCACCCUACACGGUGUCUUUUGUUAGUCUGAAAAACAAAUAUAGCCUGGUGGAGUUUCAGCUCGCAGAAACAUUCAGGCAGAAACUCUUUCAUUUUUUUAAAUUCCUCCUCAAAUGUUUCUCCCCGGUUGGCUGUGUUUUAAUAUAGGGUGUUUACUAUUUUAUCAGAACACGUCUCUAGGUCUAGGUGUGGUUUUUACUACAUCCAUAGCCUCAUUGAACAAGAAGUGCAUUGACAGCCCCCCCCCCACAAGUAUUUGUGGCAUAGCAAAAAAAAAUACUGGACUUUAGGGGGUCCACUUGAGGCAUGGGCAGGGAAAGGCUUGCGGCUCCCAGAUGGAGGCAGUGCUCUCAGCUGGGGCAGGGCAGGGGGGGUAUGACCUGUGCUGGAUGAAAUGCAGUCUGCUCUUUGCUGACAACCGUGGGUUACUGCAGAGGGUGUCAGAGGACAAAAAUGUAAGCUUUAUAAGCUUAUUAUGUACAUAAUUUUAUUUAUAUUCUGUUUGAUCCAAAUAGUAUUGUCAUUACAAAAAAAAUAAUAUAUUGUUUUUAUUUAAACCCCCCCCCAAUCCAUUAGUUAACCCCUGUUCCAUUAUGGCAUUAUGGCUCUUCUGUGAUUAUGGUAUGUGAAACAGCCAUUUCUCCUGGAGAAGUGCCUCAUUCUGUGUAAUAUUCGUCUCGGUCUGUUAUGUCUGAAACAAAAGAUGACAACGUGACCAGAACACGCUUAACCUACAGUGUUAGGGAGUCUGUAUUCUUAACAUGUAAAUGUGUCCAUUUAGUACCUUUUAGUAAUGUAGUCACUGUAUUUCAAUGGGCCAUAUUAAAUCACGCCUGAAAAUCAGCAGCUAACGCUCGUUUUGGGCUGCACCACUGCUAAUAGUCCUUUCUUUCUGUGAGCGAUUCUUGUUUAUAAAGUUAGGUCACCUGCACCUUGCAUUCAUAUUUGAAUUUCCAGUAGAGCAUUUAAAAAAAAAAAUCAAACCUUUUAGUCAAAGUAAAUAACCGUACUUUGGCAUUGCGAAGAACAGUAUUAACAUGCAGACACUGUGUGUUCAUAGCCUGAAUCACCAUUUUGGAGAUGGUACCGGCUUGAUGCUACAAUCCAUCAGAGAAGGCAUGAAUGCAUAGAGAUCUGCCUGAAAGAAGACGUUUGUCAGUUGGCUGAGCCUAUGGUUAUGUGCAAUUAUGCAGUGUGUCCGUACUGGGAUUCGAGGGGGAUCGCCGGCUGUAAAGUCCCUUUUAAAGUGCAAUACAAACAUGUUAAAAUGCUGGAUAUGCCCAGCCUUACUAAGGAAUACACAUUAUGUUCUCUUAGCUAAGACUGCACCUAGCUUGGCAAAUUUUACGCUGUAUUUCAUAGAAGUGAUAUUUUGUAAAAACCCUAUGAUUGACAGUGGACCUUUUAACUGCGUUGCAUGAAUUAAGAUUUUAUUUAUUUAUCAUGUUCCCUUUCAUUUCAUGGUUUGGCAAGUUUUGCAUCGACCUCGGACUUUGUGUGUUGUGUACAUAAUGUAAUGUACAUAAAGUAUUUACUUUUUCCUCACACUUAUAUUCUAUGCAAUACUAUUGUAGCAGGCCAGAAGUCUAAUUAAAAGAGGUGAAAGAAA